AAUUAAAAGAAGCCUUGCAGACGGCCAGGACCCAGGAGAUCAGGAUACCGUUCGGUGUAGGAGUUGCUGGACUGGCUGCUCAGACCAAACACCCCAUCAACAUCAAAAACGCUUAUGCUGAUCCCAGAUUCAACAGCGAAAUCGACGCGCGCACAGGCUACAAGACGGAGCUGAUACUGUGCAUGCCCAUCUGCAACUACGAGGGUGAAGUGGUGGGCGUGGCGCAGAUUAUCAACAAGACUGAUGGCUCAAAAGAGUUCUCCCCGCGCGAUGUCGAAGUCUUCCGCCGGUACCUCACCUUCUGCGGGAUCGGGAUCCAAAACGCGCAGCUAUUCGAGUCCUCAAUCCUGGAAUACAAGAGGAACCAAAUCCUCUUGGCUCUGGCGAGGAGUAUAUUCGAGGAGCAGAGCAAUCUGGAGUGUUUGGUGACCAAGAUCAUGACGGAGGCACGGGAGUUGCUGAAGUGCGAUCGGUGUGCGGUGUUCAUAUUGGACACUGAUCAUUGUGAAUCGAGUCACUUGGAGAGGAUAGUCCAAAGGCCGGGUGGUAGACCUUCCACGACCUUAGCGCUGCCGCCACCAGCCCCCACCCGGUUCCACACGCUCUUUGAACUAGGAGCUCAGCAGUCCAGAACUACCCUCACUCCUCGGCAUGACUACCGGUCGACACUAGCAUCUAUAGCAUUGAAGGUGGCCCAGUCUAACAAGUCCCUGAACAUAACUGACCUAGCUGACUGGAGGAAGGAGAACAAAAUGACAGCGUCCGACCCGGCGGCGGACGACGCUGCCGAAGUCAGGACGAUGCUGUGCAUGCCGAUCGUCAAUGCCAAUAAGGACGUAAUUGGCGUGGCACAGCUUAUCAAUAAGGAAAAUGGCUCCCAAUUCUCAGACGGUGACAUCUCGAUAUUCGAGGCGUUCGCCAUCUUCUGCGGUCUCGGCAUCCACAACACACAGAUGUACGAAAACGCUUGCAAAUUGAUGGCCAAACAAAAGGUGGCGUUAGAGUGCCUGUCGUACCACGCGACGGCAUCUACCGAAGACACCACCAAGCUCUGCCAAGAUAUCAUACCCUCGGCAGAAUUAUACAAUCUUUACAGCUUCCAGUUCCAUGACUUCGACCUUUCUGAUGAAGAUACAUGCAGAGCAACGCUGCGAAUGUUCCUACAGUGCAACUUGGUUGAGAAAUUCCAUAUACCUUACGAUGUCCUAUGCAGAUGGAUCCUUAGCGUCAAAAAGAACUAUCGACCAGUCAAAUACCACAACUGGAGGCACGCUCUCAACGUAGCACAGACCAUGUUUGCGAUGCUGAAAACGGGCAAAAUGGAAAGGUUCAUGUCAGAUCUAGAAAUCCUGGGACUACUAGUCGCUUGUCUAUGCCACGAUCUGGAUCAUAGAGGAACGAAUAACGCAUUCCAGACAAAAACUGAGAGUCCGCUGGCGAUUUUGUAUACGACGUCCACGAUGGAACAUCAUCAUUUCGAUCAAUGCGUCAUGAUUUUGAAUAGCGAGAGCAAUAAUAUUUUCCAGGCCUUAUCCCCCGACGACUACAAAGACGUGAUGCGGGUAGUCGAGACGGCGAUCUUAUCAACCGACCUCGCGAUGUACUUCAAGAAGAAAUCCAAGUUCCUAGAGCUGGUCGACAACGGGGAGUUCGACUGGCAGAGUCAGGAGAAGAAAGAGUCAUCAAACGAACCCAUCAAGGACGUGGAGUUAACAGUGACUACCCUCAACUGCGCUAAGACGGCGGCUGAGAGCAGCAUGGCGCUGGUGAAGCCAAUCAAGACCCCCUUCCAUUCCUUGAGGAGAGGCAAGAGCGGGAACUUUACUUCCAGACCGGCUCGGAGUAAGCUUACCAG